CCUCCAUGGUCUCACAACACACUAGAAGCUGAGCAGCUCGGACCCUGAUGUUCCUGGGAGUUUCAGCCUCUUGCUGCUGCUGUUUCUGUAAAUCCCACAUGCAGAUCCUCUUUCACUUUCAUUUCCCGGAAGGUUUUCUACACGAGCAGCAGCCUGACCCUCCUUCAGCACCGACUGCAUCUGGGGAACACUGCAGUUCAUCUCUCUCCACAUCCACAGCAACAAACUGAAGAGCUCCUUCACUGAGCACUUUAACUAUUUAUCAAACUAAUGUGAUGUGCAGUUUGGGAAUAACAUCAUGACCAACAGCUCUACAGCACCAAAACUCAUCACGGAUGCAGGGGAACCUGACCACAACACCACAAACCCCUCGAGCUCCAUGUUUCCUGAAACACCAGACGAACUCUGCAGACUUCCUGGACGAUUACGUAUUAAUCCGUCGCUGUGGGAUAAGGACGAUGUAAAUUUGUGGCUGCGUUGGGCUCAGAAGGAAUACGCCCUGCGCCGUGCUGAUCAUGAGAAGUUUGAGAUGAACGGCAGAGCGCUGUGUCUACUCACCAAGGAGGAUUUCCGCCUGCGCUGUCCCAGUUCAGGUGACGUCCUGUAUGAACUCCUACAGCAUGUGAAGCAGCAGAGGCGUUCUCAUAUCCACACACCACCCGGCGCUCUCGGGACUGCAGGUCUUUGCAGCUCCACUAACAGAUCUGUGCCUGUGUGUCCAGUGAAUCCACACUCUCGAACCUUAAAAACACUGGGUCAAGAAAUGAAACAAAACUCACAAGUUCAGCACUCGAGCCUUCCACAAACACACCACACAGAGACUCCAUGCAUUUCUGUUUCUGAAGAAGGGAAAUCACAGCUGUCUCCAGUCAUGGCUGCUCAUCCUCAUGUCUUGUGCAGUACAGAUGAACCACUCAACCUGUCCUACAGAACAGAAUUAUCCAGGAUCAAAACACCAACCAAUGAAGCCAACGGAAAAAUUGCAGAUUGCAGGCUAUUAUGGGAUUACGUCUACCAACUGUUGUUGGACACCAGAUAUGAAGCCUACAUUCGGUGGGAGGAUCAGGACUCCAUGACCUUCAGAGUGGUGGACCCAAAUGGACUCGCUCGGCUCUGGGGGAACCAUAAGAACCGGAAAAAUAUGACCUAUGAGAAAAUGUCUCGAGCUCUGCGCCAUUAUUAUAAACUCAACAUCAUCAAAAAAGAGUCGGGGCAAAGACUCCUCUUCAGAUUUCUGAAAACUCCUGAUGAGAUCCUUCAGAGCAGAUGUGAUCGUUCUGAGCCCCCUGAGUCUCCUGACAGCCCCAUCGCUCCUGCUUACAAAGAGGGAACUCUGGAAGUGUCGCCUGCCUCGACCCCAGACCCAUCCAGUCCUGAAGCUCUUCGUAUACUCAGUGUCUCCCCACUGCCAUGAUCACUAAAGAACCUCAGUCUUCAUCACAAAAUAUCUCCCUGCUGCAGUGGUUCAAUUCCCAACCCAAUUUUCCCAAGUUUCUCUUCAAAGUGCUGCCAAAUGUCUUUAUGCCAAACGUACUGGCUUUAUCGCAACAGUCCUACUUUAAUUUCAACCUGAAAGACCUGCACUUCACAUAAUUAUCUGAACUUUUACACUUUUAAAUAGAAUUUUACAUUUUUAAAUCAGACUUUACUUAUUGCUCCAUCACUACAAUUCCAUCAUCCCAGUUUUCAUCAACAUCAUCAUCAGCAUUUUGUUUAAUUAAAUGUGAAACUAUAUACAUUGUUUUCUUGGUAGAAUACAAUUUAUUAUACAUUAUGAUUUUUUGUUCUGGUUAGAUUUUGUUUUCUUUAUUAAUGUAAUUAAUGUAAUUAUCAACACUUUUAAAUGGAAAAAUUAUCAAAUAAUAAAGGUUUGGAAAUAUUUCAGAAGUUAUUUUGGAUGGGACAGUAAAAAAAAAACAAUUCCAUCAUUGCAGUUUUCAGCAGCAGCAGCAGUUUGUUUAAUUAAAUGUGAAACUAUAUACAUUGUUUUCUUGGUAGAAUACAAUUUAUUAUACAUUAUGAUUUUUUGUACUGGUUAGAUUUUAAUUGUUUUCUUUAUUAAUGUAAUUAAUGUAAUUAUCAACACUUUUAAAUGGAAAACUUAUUAAAUAAUAAAGGU